GCUCGGUUACCAAGCAGUCAAAGAUGGCGACGAACCGAUUUCAUGCAUGUAAUGCACUUUCCAUUUCCGCUUCAGAAUUUAUGCAGUGAAAAUUUUUACAUCGGUAUAAAGUAGUCUCGACGUUCGUUAUUGGAGGCUGGAAGCACUUAUUUACAGACGAUGUAGUUCAAUUAGUUUAAUGUCGAGUAUGAGCGAAAAAAGUCAGCUCCUGUUUGUUCUGGUGUUGUUGACGUUCUUUUCGUUGUUACAAAGGAGCACUUACGGUGCAUCGGAAUCCUGUCCAGGUCAAUAUUGUGGAAGAAUUGUUGAAGACAAUGGGAAACUUGGUGAUUGUGGGGCUUGUCCAAGAGGUUACGGCACCAAUGGCACAGUUUGUUUGGAGUGUUCAUCAUCUCCCGAUUUGUACGAUUGGUUAUAUCUUGGGUUUAUGGCAUUUUUGUCCCUGAUAUUUCAUUGGUUCUUUAUUGACUUCUUUGCCAAGAGGGACAGAAAAAAUAUCUUUGUUCAUUGCCUGAGUGCUUUUGUUGAAAGUGCCUUAGCAGCCGUAUUUUGUCUUCUUGCAAGCAAACCUCAAGGUAGCUUAAGCUUGACAUCCUGUGAGUCAAAGCACAUUGCAGAUUGGUACACCAUAUUCUUCAAUCCAAAGCCUGAUUACGUCAACACCCUUCACUGCACACAAGAGGCUGUUUAUCCUCUGUACACCAUAGUGCUUAUGUAUUAUGCACUCUCAGUUGGACUCUUGUUUUUGUUCCGGCCCAUCAUUUCACACCAGUUCUGUGAUGGCCAGGGGCUUGCCUCCAUCUAUGCUGCACUGUAUUUCCUGCCGUCACUUGCAGUGCUUCAUGCCUUGUUUGGUGGACUCAUUUAUUAUUCUUACCCCUAUGCAACAUUAGUUCUUUCCAUUUUGAGUACUGCCGUGGUCCUGGCUAAGAACAAAGUUACGCAUGUCCGCCAGUUGAUCAGAAGCAAACGUCACGUGACCAUCAUCCUGGCUCACUGGCUGGCGCAUGCGUAUGGCAUCUUGGCAGUCACGCAAUUAAGCAAACCUUCAAUUCAUGGACCGAUGUUCACGCUGGUGCUGGCUCCAGUUCUGUUCUUUUUGUUGACACACUCUUUUACUGAACCGAACAAAUUUAAGACUUAGAAAAUAAUGUUUGAGACGCCAAGACGGUGACGGGACGCUCUUAGCAGCGUUGUCACUUGUGACUAAUCCAAGUAACAGCUUCGCCGGAAGUGAGACCAAAGAAAGCUACGCUGAACAGCAGUCGUACUCAAAACUUCAACGCAACUUCCGGCGAUUCGUUUCUUUGAAUUCAUUUGCAAAUAGUUUGUAAAACGAAAAAGAACAAAAACGACGUAAUCAAGCUGAUGGAUAAUAGUCUGUUUAAAGCUGCCGGGCUAAUAGAAAAACUAUAUUUACAUAUUCAGUAAAAAUUAUGAUUAGAAGCUAUUUCGAAAUGUUUGGUACUUGAAGCUGGCAGCCAAUGGGACCGUGUACACAUGUAUAAAACAAACAUCAGACAAGCACAUACAUGUCAGUAUUCACGGCGCGUGCGACAUAAUUUUGAGCCUUCUAUAAAGUAGCCUAGCUCACCGUGAGGCCCCGUCCACACUAAACCGGAGAAAUUUGAAAACGCCGGCGUUUUCACUCUGAAAAUAAUUACCGCUUCAAAUGUUUUCCGUCCACACUACAAAAUCACCAGUCACUCGGCCAAGCAAAUCACAUGAUUAUCGUGCCAUGGUUUUCUCCGCGGCGUAGUGUGGACAAGGCCUUACGAGUCUCUCGGGAGCUCAGUGGUCUUUUGUUAAAGCUUUCACAACCUGGGCUCAGAUACUGAAAGGCCUUUUAGGCUGAUUUGUGGCGUAAGUAUAGUUUGAAGAUAGAAGUCUACUGUUAAGAAACAAUGCUCAGGAUGCAUCUCAACUAAGGAGAGCUUCCUGAGUCCGGCUCCUGGUUUGAAGUAGAGAGAUUCCACUUGCCGGAUAUGGAUGUUUCUGUUGGCUUAGAUCAUGAAUGUGAGCGUAAUCAGCUGAUUAAGGAUUUACGCUACGAGUGUUAUUUGAAAAUUCUCUUAAUAUUGAACAAGCCUUUAGAGUACAUUUUGAAAGAAUUUUCAAAUGUCACGAGUAGUGUAAAUCCUUAAUUGCUCGAGCUUUCAUACGAUUACUCAUUUAUCAUGAGAUUUAUAUGUGUCCGAGAAAAUUGCGAACGCGCGCACAUUUUAAAAUUUGUGUAGCAGUGCAAAUUAAGAAUAACGAUAAAUUGGCCUGCUCUCAGCCAAUCGCUAUGAAGAAAAUUUUGUCUGGAACAUAAAAUAAUGCUAGUAAUCCUACAUGCACUUAUUCAGUGAUUAAUGUGUGCUACUAUAAGAUACAUAUUUUGUGUUGUAUGUAACGUGACGACGUUUAUACAUGUUUAUGUAUGAGUUCUAAUGAUGUGUCUGUGUAAUGCUCGCGAUAAGCCAAAAACAGUUUUCAAAUAGGGCUUGUGGUUCUCGAUAAAUUUCAAUCUUGUAACUGCAUCAGAUCUUACUCGAACAUAACUUAGAAAAAGAUCUAAAUAAUAGGCCAUUUUCGAUAUAUCAAAAUGCUAACUUAGCUCCGAGGCUUGAGGGAAGAUCGCAUCAAGGUCGAGGGAUGAAUUUCUUUUGUUUUAUUCCCCCAAGCCUCGGAACCAAGUGAGAAUUAUGUCUUAUUAUUUGGAGCACUGCGCAAGUUAGUGAAUAUAUUAAAAAAUGUCUUUAUUAUAAGUUGAAUGUACAAAUUUCCUUAGAUUAAAAAAAAAUAACCUUACAGUCCACCCGCAGACUCUGUUGAUUUAUUAUUCAUUAUAAUUCAAUACAAUGCAAAUACCGGAUGUGUUUAUCUUAA